UGAUGAAUACAAUACAAAUCCUAAAACCCUUCCAAGGGAACCAAAACCAAAACCCUUUUGAUUUCAGUGAAACUCAGCCCCCCCCUCUCUCUCAAAAUGAGAUUCAGAUUCUUCAACUUCAAUCCCAUUUGCAGAACCUACAUCUCAAGAAUUUCAUCUUCUUCCCACAACAGUCUCAAUGUCUCCACUCAUAACCCUCUAAUUCAAGCUCUCAAUCCUCACAUGUAUGAUUUCUCACCAGUACACCCUGAAAACCCUAACUACAAGAUUUACAAAAGGUGGCACUUGGGCCAUUCUCACCACCACCACCAAGACUACGACCGAUCGGGCAAGGAAGGCGAGAAAGUUUUCCGUUUGGGUCUUGCCGCCGACAUUGGGUUAGCUGCUGGAAAAGCAUUGACCGGUUAUCUUUCUGGCAGCACUGCGGUCAUUGCCGACGCAGCUCAUUCCCUCUCCGAUGUGGUCCUUAGUGGCGUUGCUUUAUUGUCAUUUAAAGCUGCAAGGGUUCCUAAGGACAAAGAACACCCAUAUGGACAUGGUAAAUUUGAGACUCUAGGAGCCCUUGGAAUUUCUUGUAUGCUUUUGGCAACUGCUGGGGGUAUUGCAUGGCAUGCUUUAGAUAUUUUGCUGGGUUUGGUCUCAGCAGCUCCUGACAUAGGCAAUCAGUUGGCUCAUGACCAUGUGCAUGGCCAUCAUCAUGGCGGGCAUCACCAUGGAAUCGACAUGGAACAUCCUAUCCUAGCUUUGAACAUGACCAUAGUAUCAAUAUGUAUUAAAGAAGGGCUAUACUGGAUAACAAAAAGAGCAGGGGAGAGGCAAGGCAGUGGAUUGAUGAAAGCAAAUGCUUGGCAUCAUCGUGCAGAUGCUGUUUCCUCAUUAGUUGCUCUCAUUGGGGUUGGAGGAUCUAUUCUUGGCGUGAAGUUUCUAGAUCCCCUAGCCGGAGUAUUUGUCUCAGGCAUGAUCCUAAAAGCUGGACUUCAAACCGGUUACCAGAGUGUCUUGGAACUGGUAGAUGCUGCUGUACCAUCGGAAUUGCUGGAUCCUUUUAAACAAACAAUACUGCAAGUGGAGGGAGUCAAGGGAUGGCAUCACCUCAGGGGAAGGAGGGCCGGUUCAUCUCUGUAUCUUGAUGUAAUUAUUGAGGUCGAUCCUUUUUUGAGUGUUAGUGCUGCACACGAUGUUGAUGAAAAUGUUCGUCGUCAAAUUCAGAAGUACCAUCCUGAAGUAGCUGAAGUCUUCAUACAUAUAGAGCCUGCAAUUUCACAAAUUUUGCCCAGUACAAUGGACCGGCAAUCAGAUACAAAGGGAUCAGAUUACCAGAAUGGGACUGCAUCCCCAGAGCAUAAGGAAAUUGAAAACAUCAUUGCUAACAUAUUAUUAUCAAAGUUUGGAGGGAAAAUGGUGGUUGACUGCAUAACACACCACACGUUGCAAGGCAAGAGUUUACUUGAAAUUGAGGUUUCCAUGCCACCUGACGUUUUGAUUAGAGAUGCAAUGGAAAUGGCAGAAGAAGCGGAAAAAGAUAUUUUGAGGGCAGCCUCCAACAUUGUUCAGGUCUACUUUCAGCUACGACUAGGGCAUUCGAAAUCACAGUAUCACCAGCAAUUGCUGGAAAAUAACAGGAAGGAAAGUAGGAAUGAUUUUCCAUAAUCUGCAUCUCAUUGUUUCUAGUUAGGAUAUAUCUUACUUUUUGUAAGACUAGGGCUUUGCUGAAGCCAUAUGGCUAUGCUGAAGGUGUACUGUAUGUAAAUUUAAAUUUCAUAGACAAUAUAGAUCCAUUCCCCAUUUUUAAAGGGGCAUGGAGUGUUGGAAUUUGUGUA